AAUUGUUAGAAAGAGCAAACAAUAGAGAAAUUGCUGAAGAAGAGAUACCAAAAGUAACUACCAAUUCAAAUUUGAUUUCUGGAUUCUCAAGAAAAUGGAAAACUGCAAUGGCAGUUCACUCAUUAGAAGAAACAGAAGAUUUAAAUAUGUCCAUUAGUUCCUAG